CUUGACCGACUACGCCGCGCCCCUGCAGGUGAUUGCACUGCUACGUGAUCGGAAGAUUCAAGGCGGUCACACAACAAUGAACGACAUCUUGGCGGUAAGCUUGUGUGGCUUAGAAAACACCCGGGGAGUGCUGAUUGGUCCGGGAUGACCAACGAUUACCUGUGCGGAAGUUGUUUACUUACGUUACACUGGGCCUGACCGGACGACGUCACAGGCUGACAGUUUCGUGGUAUAAGGAGAUAGAGUGUUAGGGUGAGUGAGAAGUGACAACGGGCCUUAGAUCCAGGAAUUCAAACUAAGCGACUUCAUAACAUAUCUCACUGCUUCCUGAGUCAGUCUGGAGCCUUCUCACCACACCAGUCUCACUUUACAAUGGCUCCAACUCUUCCACCGAUGCCGCUUCCAGGCCUCGUCAUGGUGCCCAACUGGACAGCUCAGAAACACGAAACCUUCAUCAUGAAGACCGAAGGCGUACCCCAGCAGAAGGCCCAAAGCCUUGUCAGCUACUGUACGUCUGAUGGUAAACCUGGAGAACCGUUUCUGAAAAUACAUGAGGAGGAAAGGAAUGUCGUCAAGUUCAUGACGAUGGAUGGACAGGAAGCUAUGCGGAUCAACACCCAUAGACACACCCUCUCGAGACCAAAUGCAGAGUACAAGGCAGUGAGGAGCGCAGAUGCGAAGCCGUUGUGGGAUCUUGAGUUGAAGGCUGCUUGGAGAGUACCUAGCUACAAUAUCACCGUCCAUGACACAUACGUCGAAAAUCAGAAGAUCGAAUUCGAACGCAACGUUGCCGGAGAAGAGAAGGGUCUCGUCGUCAACGGCAAUCCAGUCAUGACCAUCUCUCGACACGCCAAGUGGGAGCACAUGCAUGCCCACUUCGUUGUGCAUGUCGCGCCGGGAAUGGAUCUCCUGUUUGCACUUGGUGUCGCAUGGAUCCGGUCAGAUAAACAGAGGCAGGCUGAUGCCAUCAAUACUACGGUUAUGAUGGCGUAGAGGGACGAAUCAGCGGCUCUUGCUAAAUGUACGAGUUACAAUGGCGAUGGAAGAUGGGGGUUGGG